AUGUGGUCUGACUUCAUCUGCGGUGCUUCUGUCAUUCAUCACGAGAAGAAUGUGCCUGGAGAACGGCUGGUCCCAGAAGGAAAGGCUCGUGGAUCAGACAGAACCCCAACCCACAGUCUGAAGCUGAGCCGCCCAGACACCCUGCAGUGGGUGGGGAUCCGUGCACUGUUCCUAGGAGGCAGGAGGUCACACACGCUGUAUGAUCUUGACCAGGAAGGCAAAAGAGGCCCAAACCCAGCCCUGUGGUGGGUGAGUAACGAAGGAGACGAAGUGAAGUGGAGUUUCCGAGAGGUGACAGACUUAACCUGCCGCACAGCCAACGUCCUCACACAGACCUGCGGCCUGCAGCAGGGAGACCGCCUCGCCUUGAUUCUGCCUCGAGUGCCCGAGUGGUGGCUGGUGGCCCUGGGCUGCAUCCGAACAGGGAUCAUCUUCAUGCCAGGGACGACCCAGAUGAAAGCCAACGACAUUCUCUACCGCAUAAAGGAGUCUAACACCAAGAGCAUCGUCACCACAGAUGCCCUUGUCCCGGAGGUGGACUCUGUGGCUUCUAAGUGUCCCGCUCUGAAAACCAAGCUCCUGGUGUCUGACCACAGCCGUAGAGGGUGGCAGGACUUCCGAUCUCUGGUCAAAUCAGCAUCCCCAGACCACACCUGUAUUAAGUCGAAGACCAUGGACCCAAUGGUCAUCUUCUUUACCAGUGGGACCUCCGGCUGCCCCAAGAUGGCAAAACACAGCCAUGGACUCUCCCUAUGCUCCUCCUUCCCUUCAAGGUGGAGGCAGCAGGCAUUGUACAAGCUGCACAAUGACAACCCUUGUGUCCUUGUCACUGGUUCCAGGACACUCUCCAAAUACCCUAUCACCCAGUGCCUUGCUGUGCCCUCCAUAUUUCGUAUGAUUCUGCAGCAGAAUUUCAGCAGCCUCAGGUUCCCCACCCUGGAGCACUGCGCUACCGGUGGGGAGGCCCUGCUUCCCAAGGAGCAAGAGAAGUGGAGACAGUGGACGGGCCUUCUGCUCCACCAGCUCUACAGACAGUCAGAAACGGGAGUUUCUUGCGGCACUGCCCGGGGAAUGCAGGUCAAGCCCAACUCCAUGGGGAAAACCAUCCCACCCUUCGAUGCCCAGGUCAUUGAUGGCAAGGGCAACAUCCAGCCACCCAACACUGAAGGCAACUUUGGCAUCAGUAUCAAGCCCAGCAAGGCCUGUUCAUGUGCUAUGAGGUAG